AUGGCAGACAUUCCAAGAGAAGAGCUAGAUGAAAUCUACGCGUUUGCGGUACAAUUGGGGAAGGCGGCGGGGAAGAUGCUCAUGGACGCAGCGCAGAUAAGAAUCGACGGCGGAAGCGACAUGAAGCAAGAGAAGGAGCAUGUGCAAAAGGAGAAUGCUGUCGACCUAGUUACAGAAACCGAUGAGAAUGUAGAAGCUUUCAUCAAGAAUCAGAUAGCGGACAAGUACCCCUCACACAAGUUCGUGGGCGAAGAAUCCUACAGCAAAGGGUCUUCACGCGACUACCUCAUCGACACCUCACCUACAUGGUGCGUCGACCCGCUCGACGGAACAGUGAACUAUAUCCACCUUUUCCCCAUGUUCUGCGUCAGCAUCGCCUUUAUCCAUAAGUCUAAACCACUCAUCGGAGUCAUCUACGCCCCUUUUACCAACCAGUUCUUCUCUUCGUGCGCUGGCCGCGGCGCGUUCUUCAACGAGACACAACGCUUGCCCUUGAUGCGUAACCCAAUACCACCAAUGCCGGAGAAGGCGCCCAGUGGGUGUAUCUUCAGCUGUGAAUGGGGGAAGGAUAGGAGGGAUGUGCCGGACGGCAAUAUGCAUCGCAAGAUUGAGAGUUUUGUGAAUAUGGCAGCUGAGAUUGGGGGACGCAAGGGGAGAGGUGGGAUGGUACAUGGAGUGCGUAGUUUGGGGAGUGCGACCCUGGAUUUGGCUUAUGUGGCUAUGGGUGCGUUUGAUAUCUGGUGGGAGGGUGGCUGCUGGGAAUGGGAUGUUGCGGCUGGGAUUGCGAUUUUACAAGAAGCUGGGGGUUUGGUUACGACUGCGAAUCCGCCGGUGGAUUGGGAGAAUGCGCAUAUUGAAGAGGCUAGGUUGGGGAGUCGACUGUAUUUGGCGAUUAGGUGA